CAGCUGUGGCACGCUUCGGUUGAGAAAAAUCGGAUUCCCCAGAAGUGAUAUCUAAGGUAAGGCCAGAGAUUAUGUCGGACGCAGAUAGCAAGCUGAUCGAUGUGGAGGCACCGGAGCAGCAGGAGCUGCAGUUGAUGCCAGUGGGCAGCAGCAUGGAGGUGCCCAGUUUGGACAGCACUCCCAAGCUAUCGAAACGGAAUAGUUCGGAAAGGAGUUUGCCCCUCAGAAGCUACAGCAAGUGGUCGCCCACGGAGCAGGGAGCCACUUUGGUGUGGCGCGAUCUCUGCGUGUACACCAAUGUUGGGGGUUCCGGCCAGCGGAUGAAGCGGAUCAUCAACAAUUCUACUGGUGCCAUUCAACCGGGCACUCUGAUGGCCUUAAUGGGAUCAAGUGGCUCUGGGAAAACAACACUUAUGUCGACGCUCGCCUUUCGACAGCCGGCCGGGACCGUGGUCCAAGGCGACAUUCUUAUAAACGGCCGCCGCAUCGGGCCCUUCAUGCACCGCAUCAGCGGCUAUGUCUACCAGGAUGACCUCUUCCUCGGAUCGCUGACUGUACUCGAGCACUUGAACUUUAUGGCCCAUCUACGUCUGGAUCGUCGAGUGUCCAAGGAGGAGCGUCGCCUCAUCAUUACGGAGUUGCUGGAGCGAACCGGCCUUCUGUCGGCGGCCCAAACGCGAAUCGGCAGCGGCGAUGACAAGAAGGUCCUGUCGGGGGGAGAACGGAAACGAUUGGCUUUCGCCGUGGAACUGCUCAACAAUCCGGUAAUUCUGUUCUGCGAUGAGCCGACCACGGGAUUGGACUCCUACAGUGCCCAGCAGCUGGUGGCCACGUUGUACGAGUUGGCCCAGAAGGGCACCACCAUCCUGUGCACCAUCCACCAGCCGAGUUCGCAGCUCUUCGACAACUUCAACAACGUGAUGCUGCUGGCCGACGGACGGGUGGCCUUCACCGGAUCCCCUCAGCACGCGCUGAGUUUCUUUGCCAAUCACGGAUACUACUGCCCGGAGGCCUACAAUCCGGCGGAUUUCCUCAUUGGCGUCCUGGCCACCGAUCCGGGAUACGAGCAGGCCUCGCAAAGAUCGGCUCAACACCUUUGCGAUCAGUUUGCCGUCAGCUCGGCGGCAAAGCAGCGGGAUAUGCUGGUGAAUCUGGAGAUACACAUGGCCCAAUCGGGCAACUUCCCUUUCGACACGGAGGUGGAAUCCUUUAGGGGCGUGGCAUGGUACAAGCGAUUCCACGUGGUGUGGCUGAGGGCAUCGCUAACGCUGCUCAGGGAUCCCACGAUCCAGUGGAUGCGGUUCAUCCAGAAGAUCGCCAUGGCAUUCAUUAUCGGAGCUUGUUUCGCCGGCACCACGGAACCUUCGCAGCUGGGAGUGCAGGCGGUUCAGGGAGCGCUUUUCAUCAUGAUUUCGGAGAACACCUACCAUCCCAUGUACUCCGUGCUCAACCUCUUUCCCCAAGGUUUUCCGCUGUUCAUAAGGGAGACCCGAUCCGGACUUUACUCCACGGGCCAAUAUUAUACGGCCAACAUUUUGGCCUUGCUUCCUGGAAUGAUAUUAGAGCCCCUGAUAUUCGUUAUAAUCUGCUACUGGCUGACCGGUCUGAGGUCCACCUUCUAUGCCUUCGGAGUGACGGCCAUGUGUGUGGUGCUGGUGAUGAAUGUGGCCACAGCCUGUGGCUGCUUCUUCUCCACAGCAUUCAAUUCAGUUCCCCUGGCCAUGGCUUAUUUGGUGCCGCUGGAUUACAUAUUCAUGAUCACCUCGGGUAUCUUUAUACAAGUGAACUCCCUACCAGUGGCAUUUUGGUGGACACAAUUUCUCUCCUGGAUGCUGUAUGCCAAUGAGGCUAUGACCGCUGCUCAGUGGUCCGGAGUGCAGAAUAUUACCUGCUUCCAGGAAAGUGCUGACUUGCCCUGUUUUCACACAGGUCAGGAUGUGCUGGACAAGUACAGCUUCAAUGAGAGUAAUGUCUACCGCAAUUUACUGGCCAUGGUUGGGCUCUAUUUCGGGUUCCAUCUACUGGGAUAUUACUGCCUUUGGCGACGAGCCCGAAAACUAUGAGAGCUCUCAGUCCUAGUGCUGUAAAUAUAAUAACUACGAAGCUAUGAAAUUAUCCAAUAAAUAAUGCGUAGAUUUUUCAAAUUAAUAGCGCCAUUUAUUAA